AUGAAGUUCCCCCUCACGGCCGUUGGAGUCAUUACGGUCCUCGGCAGCGGCAAUAUUGCCGGAGCAGCGCCGCAAAACCUUUUGGCGGGUGAGGACAUAACACGCCAAGACGACAGUUGGUUCCAGGAGCACGCCAUCAAGUCUGCUGAAUACAAAAAGGACCCGAAUUUCAUCUACAACAGCUGCUACAAGACCGACUCGACUACCAAACAUGGGAACUUUCCUUGCGCCGACAACAUGCGCAAUGAGUUCACGAUCCAAGAGACUCUAGGAAAAGAGACAGAUUUCCUGAAGGAACAGCGCAUGUUUUGCACCCAAAAGGUUAUAUUGGACAAGUUGUCCUGCGGCGGCUGCAAGGAAAGAAACGGUCUGGAGCCCAAGGGGCACGACGAGGAGAACAAGAGUGAGGUUAAAUUUUUGGUGACCAAGUUCUGCAACAACACCGAGCCUAAAGGCGACAAAGAAUACUAUAUCGAGCUGUACAGAAAGUCGAAAGAAAAUACCUCCGGGGUAGGAGUAUUCAACAAGCCCCCAGAAUUCAACAAGCCCCCCGCGGGUGGAAAAAGCAUCGAUCCCCAGUACUACGUGGACAAUGCCAAGAAGUACCUGGAGCGUGAAGGCCUAAACUCGAUAAUAAGCCAGUUCGAGCCCGGGAAGCAUGUUACAAAUGCCACAAACGGGAACAGCGCACACGCGGACGGUCAGGACGGCCAGAGUCAUGGUCGUAAUGUGACAGACACGAUUCAUGUGCCUGCUAUGACACUAGUCAAGGUACCCAGCGGGACCCAAGACGGUGCGACGCCUGUUGGUGAAAAUGUCCAGGCAGCCGACAUCUCGAACGAAGCUGGUGACAAGGUGGCUGACUCGACGGUCGGGCAAAACUUGACGACUCCCGGACAAGUAUCGACUGGUAUGGGAGACGUGUUACGCAUCGACGGUGAACUAUACAUCGCGUAUUCGGUCGUGAUCAUUUUCAAGCUCAAUGGCUACUCUGACGGCCGAGGGGAACUUCGCAUCGAUCCCAGGGACAUCGAGGUCAACAAAGACGCGGGGGCUAAACAGAUCAAGAGUAUCGAAGAAUAUGAGGAGAAGAAGGAUUAUGUAGAUCCUAGCAAAUUAGGCAACUGCAAAAAGGUGGUCGCCGAGGCCAUGGGCAACGAAAAUGUCACCAUUGUUCCUAGGAAGGAGGCCCCUGUCCUCGAGCCCGUCUCGAGCAAUGAUGUUGACACCAACGAGCCGGUCUCCAAGCCUGUCCCGAACCAGGACGUUGACACCAACGAGCCAGUCCCGAGCCAGGAAGUUGACACCAAGCCGUUCUCCAAGCCUGUCCCGAACCAGGAAGUUGACACCAACGAGCCAGUCUCCGAGCCAGUCCCGAGCCAGGAAGUUGACACCAGGCCGUUCUCCAAGCCUGUCGGCUCGCACAAAUCAAGUUGUGGCCCGAAAGUCGGAGCUGGAAGUCAAGGCAGCACUCCCGACGGUGCUAACAAAGGCGCUACUACCGUCGAUGAGAGGCCGAAGCCCAUGACGGAGGAUUUGGGCAGCAUCUAUUCCGAUGACAAGGACAAUGCCAACACCGGCAGCGGCGCUAGCCAUGACGGUACUACUCCCAUCGAGGAGGGUGCUGAGAACACACAUCCUAGCGGCGUCUCCAACGGCCAGGGCGAUGCCGACGAGCACGUCGCCCCCGAUGACAGUACUAUUCCCGUCACCCAGGAGGACGCCGAGAACAAACACCCUGACAGCAUCUAUUCCAAUACCGAGGACAAUGCCAGCACCGGCAGCGGCGCUACCCACGGCGCCGCUCCCGUCGAGAAGGUCAAGCCCGUCGACAGCAUGGCCCCGCCUCAGGCUAUCUGUCCACCUUGUGACUGCAGAAAGUAG